AUGGUUACUUCACACGACGACUAUUUCAUAACGACUAUUUUUUUCGCCUAUUUUUUUUGGCCUAAUUUUUUUUUGGCCUAUUUUUUUUGGCCUAUUUUUUUUUGGCCUAUUUUUUUUUGGCCUAUUUUUUUGGCCUAUUUUUUUUGGUCUAUUUUUAUUGGUCUAUUUUUUUGCCUACUUUUUUGGCCUAUUUUUUUUGGCCUAAUUUUUUUGGCCUUUUUUUGCCUGGCCUCAUUCAUGAAGCUGCUGAGAGGACUAAAACCUUAUUGAGAAACAGAGACUUUUCCUUACGCGGUUAAUAUUGAGUAA